AUGGCAGAAAAUAGCGAAAAAUACUCUGAAACUGCUCAGACUGGCGAUAUUUCCGUUGCAGAAGAGACUGUUUUGCUGGGGGAAGAUGAUGAUGGCGAUGCUGACUCGCCAGAAAUAACGAUGCAAGGGCUCGCGAAAAUGAUGAACGAAAACAUGGCCGCCGUGGCAUCUUCUUUUGCUUUGUUGGGAUCUUCUCUGAAGAGAUCUCGUGAUGAAUCUAACAGCAGUAGUCAGACAAAAAAGAAACAAAAAACGAAUAAUGAUCCAACUAUUGAUGACGACCAGCACACAGGCGAUGAAAGCGAUCAUUCCUCACACAGCGAUUCAUCAGAACUCCGAGCAAUUAUGGCGCCAAAAGAUGAAACGACCACAUCGAAGGUCGAGCCCUUGAAUUUGCUCAGUCAAAUUGCGAGUGACUUUGACGAGGAUGAAAAUACUUCAGGUGCCAUCACCGAGAAGCUUGCUGAGAUCGUAAAUAAACGUUUUUCGGCACCCUUAGGUGAAGAGAAACUAAAAGAAAAACUGGGGCAGUACUUGCGUCCAGAUAACUGCGCUAAGCUCGCAGUACCAAAGGUUAAUCCUGAAAUAUGGAUGAAAUUAAACCGCCCAGCUUCAAGACAAGACCUUCACAUGGCCAGCAUCCAAAGGGCCAUUGUAAAAGCUGGAACAGCUUUAACACAGUUAGCUGAAAUAUUGGUAAAAACUCCCUCAGGCACAACUGGUCCUGAUUUAGGAAAGCUGUUGACUAUGAAUGCUGAUGCCAUGGCAUUGCUUGGUCAUGCCACUCAUCAAUUGUCCAUGCACCGGCGACAAGCUAUUAAACCAUUCUUAAACAAAGAGUAUGCCACACUUUGUUCACCACAGGGCCCAGUUACAGAGUUCCUGUUUGGUGAUGAGCUUCAGUCUCAACUGAACAACAUAAAAGCCUCAAACAAGAUUGGUAACACUAUGGCUUCAGAAUCCCCAAGACCGCCUGCAAAAGGCAAAGAGCCCUGGAAAAAUAAACCCAAGGGUCCUUUUUUUGGGGGGGGGCGAGGGGGCAGGCAGGACCGGCCCCCGUACAGACAAAAGCAAUGGAGAAAGAACAAAUCUUAAACAAACUUAGUACAGGUACAGGAUUAUGUUUCCUUUAUACCUGACCUUUUAGAAUAUCUUAAAAAUAAAGUUUCUAAUUUUCAAGCUGGUAGAUUGUCAUCUUAUGUUGAACAAUGGAAAUUGUUAACAUCGGAUGAAUUUAUUUUAGAUAUGGUGACAGGGGCACACAUAGAACUCUCGUCAACCCCUUUUCAGGUUAAGUGCCAACAGAAAAAAAUGUUUAGUAGCAAAGAAAGGCUGGUCAUUGAUUCUGAAAUAAAAAGCCUACUUGCUAAAGGUGUCAUUGUACCCAGUGUUACUGAACCUGGGGAAUAUAUUUCACCCAUCUUUAUUACUCCUAAAAAAGAUGGGUGGUAUCGCAUGAUUUUAAACCUUAAACAAUUUAAUGAACAUGUGGCCUGUCAUCAUUUUAAAAUGGACACUUUAGCAUCUGCUAUUAGUAUGAUGAAACCACUUUGCUUUAUGGCUUCAGUGGAUUUCAAAGAUGCGUACUAUUCCGUACCUAUAGCAUCUACUGAUCAAAAAUGCUUAAAGUUUAUUUGGGAUGGGCAACUAUACAAAUUUGUAUGUUUCCCUAAUGGACUUGCAUGUUGCCCCUGUAUGUUCACUAAACUGUUGAAACCUGUUUAUGCAAACUUAAGACAACAGGGAUAUGAAUCAUCCAGGUAUAUUGAUGAUUCCUACCUACAGGGUGAUGACUUUGCUGAUUGUGUUGCAAAUGUCAAAGUCACUGUGCAUAUGUUUGAUUCCCUAGGUUUAAUCACUCACCCUGAGAAAUCUGUUCUGAUCCCAACUCAACGAUUAACAUAUCUUGGGUUUAUUCUGGAUUCGAAAGAGAUGAAAAUAUAUUUAACUCCAGAGAAAACAGACAGAUUGAUUAAGCUUUGUGUUGACAUACUUAAAAAACCCAAGUCUACUGUUCAAGAAAUUGCAUCACUUGUUGGCAUGAUGACAGCAAGCUUUCCUGCUGUCAUGUACGGCCCACUGCAUUAUCGCAGCAUUGACAUGGAUAAAAAUGAAGCCCUAAAGAAGAGUAAAGGGAAUUUUAAUAGUUCGAUGACCUUAUCUUCGUCUUCUAUUGAAGACCUACAUUGGUGGGCAGUUUCUCUCCCAAGUGCAUUUAAUGUCGUGCAACACAGCGAGUAUGAGAUUGUUAUUUAUACUGAUGCCUCAACCACUGGUUGGGGUGGUGUCCUGGGUGACUUGAGCAAAGGGGGCCAGUGGACCCUAGCUGAGUCGCUUUACCAUAUCAACUAUUUAGAAUUACUAGCAGUUCUUAUGGCACUGUCACAUAUAGCAUGA